AUGUCUUCUCCUUUCGAAGUGAAGUGGGGGAUCCUGGCCACGGGGGGCAUUGCAACAACCUUCGCCAAAGACCUUCUCACCAACCCUUCUCUCCGUGAGAUGUCCGACAUCAAGCAUACCAUUGCAGCCGCCGCAUCCUCUUCUUCUGCAUCCCGCGCCUCCACCUUUCUCAAAGAUGUCGGGGCUCCCCCUUCUGCAAAAGCUUAUGGCUCGUACGCGGAGCUCGUCGCAGAUCCCAACGUGGAUAUAAUCUACGUCGCAACUCCGCAUUCUCACCAUUUUCAGAAUUCCAUGCUGGCGCUGCAAGCGGGCAAGCAUGUGCUGUGCGAGAAAGCACUCACUGUUAACGCCGCCCAGGCCAAGAAAUUGAUCGCGACGGCCAAGGAGAAGAAGCUCUUCUUCAUGGAGGCAGUGUGGACUAGAUACUUCCCGCUCAGCAUCCAAGUCCGAGAACUGGUGACGUCGGGAGCCAUCGGAAAGGUGCAUCGCGUCUCAGCUGAUCUCUCGUUCGGCAGUGCCAAGGAUGAUGGGAGCUUGACGUUCGCUGACGAGCACCGCAUGGUAAACGUCGAUUUGGCGGGUGGUGCGCUCCUGGAUCUGGGAAUCUACUCCUUGACCUGGGUCUUCCAGAUUCUGUAUCAUUGCCAGCCAGUUGGGCAGAGGGAGAAGCCGAAGGUUUUGGCGGAUAUUCAGAAGUAUGACAAGACUGGUGCGGAUGAGACCACGUCCAUGAUCCUCUCAUUCCCAAAGGCGAAGAGCGUGGGAAUCGCUACGACGAGCCUGCGAGUUGCUACUACGCCUGAUGGCGAGGGAAGCCCGGCUGCUGGCCCGGCAGCGAGAAUUCAGGGGUCCAAGGGCGAGAUCCAGAUCAUGGGACCACUCUACAGACCGACUCACUACAGAGUCAUUAUGCAGGGAGGUGAGAAGGGCGCUGUUAACGAUGUGCAGUGUGCGAUUCCGUUCGAUAAGCAAAAGGACUUUGGACACGGGAUGUUCUGGGAGGCGGACGAGGCUGGUAGAUGCUUGAGGGAUGGAAAGCUGGAGAGUGAUGGCAUCGGAUGGGAGGAGAGUCUGGUGAUCAUGGAGACGAUGGACGAGGUCAGGAAGCAAGGAGGCCUUGUCUAUCCUGAGUUGAUUGAGAGCAGCGUGUAUGAUGAGAAGAGCUCACUGAACACAGGAAAGUGA